CGGUCGGUAACGGUCAAGGGGUCUGAGGGGAGGCUCCCCGCGGGGCUGCGGGCUCGUCCUGAGUCUUCUCUCAGGGCACGGACAGAGCCGGGAAGGGUGCGGGGGUCACAGGCGGGGGAGAGGCUGGUCCCGGUCUGUGAGGGUACGGCUCGGAGUGGGGCACAGGGCACAGCCAGGACUCGGCGCGAGAGGUUCUGGAGUUUGUUAGCUGCGGAGUGAAAACUACAAACCGAUUUUAUUGGGGUUUGCGGGGUUGGGAAGUCAUUGAGGAUGGUAUCAUCCAGGUCCAGCGGGGUCUGCGCUGGGAGAACUCAAGAGUCAGUGAUUUAGGGUAGUCUCACUCUUUCAUUUAUUUAUUUAUUUAUUAGUUAUCAUUUUUUUUAAUGUGUAGAACUGCACAUAUUUAUAUCCUAAAUGAAUAGCUGUCAAAAUGAGGCUAGCUUUAAUGGCCUGCCAACCCUAGCAGCACAAUGAUUAAGUUAAGCCAAGUGCGUAAAUUAAGCAGCUGAGAGUCUUUCUACUGGAUUUUAAAGUUAGGCCACUUGUUUGGCCAGCAGAUGUCGCCAUGGUCGCAAUCCCAGAAGAGGUUUUGAAGGGUGCAAGAUGCUUUAAAAAAGAAAAAAAUGAUUUAAUCUUCAUUCUCAGCCCUUGGCCUCCAAAGCAAAACAUUGGACUUAUUGCUGUGAUGACUUGGUUAAAGUCACAGCUAUUGGAAUAAACUGCUUACAUAAAAAUGUCCUCUUUUGAACUUCACUUUUAAUUAGUAAAUGUGAUAAGAGUGAAAAGCUCAAAAACAAGAAUCAAGAAGCGCAUGGAAGCCUAAAACAGGAGAUGCAGAUGAAUGUAAGCAAACUGCAGUAUCUAAACAACUCUAGAUCAUAAGCUGAUCUCGUGAAUUUGAGUAACUCAGUGCUUUCUGAGCAGGGUUUACAGACUGAACAUGCUGAUCUCGAGUGAGGGAUGUGAUUUCUUCGUGAGAUGUGUACUUUGUCUUGAUAGACCACUUAAAGAAUGGUAAUACACGUUAUCAAUACCUUUUCCACACUUGCAUGCAGACAGUACGGAAGUAUUUUGUUCAGUAAAGUACUCAGUAUGUGCUGUGGCAAAAACUUUUUACAGCAGUUUUGCCUGCUGGCGGCGGAAGAGUUUUUAAUAAUUCCGCUUUGAAAAGUCACAAGCUGCUGUGUAAUUAAAUGCUAAAAAGCUAUCACGAAUUACGGCCAGGAAGUAUUUCUUACGCUUGAAGUGGGCAUUUUAAGCAGUUACCGUUUCUGAGCAGCCUCAUUUACGAAAGCUCUGCCUCCCAUUUGUACAAGAUUACAAACAGGACAAAUUACCGAGUGACCAGCCAGUGCAGCUGUUUGUGAAAGCCUAGCGUAUAGGCCUGAUUAGUUAGACAAGCUGGAUCAUUGCCAUUUAAAAGGAUUCAAAGGGAAAAACAAACAGUUUGAAAAUAAAUUAUACGCUUUAAAAGAGUGCAGGAAAAGGGGAUUUAAAUUGAAGUAAAAGAAGCAAGGGACAGCUUCAUAGAACCAGUAUGAUAACUUGCUAGGUGAGGAUAAUAUGAGAAUUAUGUUAAUCCAUUUUAGGAAAAACAAAGGCAGAUUUACAAGCAAUGAGAAAUAUCUUUUGGCUCACUGUUAACCUUUUGCUACACUUGAUGAGUGAAGGAUAUUUCUGAUGUUUUGAAAAUUGUGCGUCAGCUCGUAUUUCUCUGUCAAAGCUCCGUUUUGGUACGCAGUUCUGAAAUGCACCCUGUGUCUCCACAGGAGUGCGUGGAAGUCUCUUCUACCCGUUUAACUGUUCAGAGGUGUUCCAAAAGGGCAGGCCCUGAGCAUUUUUCCGGUGACACGGGUGGUACUGACUGGACACGGACGCUGCUUCUUGCUUCUUAAAAGAUGGCCACGCACCUGUCUUUCUAGUCAGGAGUUGGAGAUUCUGAAGACAGCUCGGCCAUCAUGGCUCAUGCCACUAUUUACAUGGGUGUGACCAUUCCUCAGUUCCUGAGAGGUGCUGGCAGAAUUUGUCCUGCUCAUUCUACGCUGACGGUGUUGAGGCACUCUGCUUUUUGUUACUGCACAGUGAAUGGCACAUUAAAAUCAAAAAGGAAAAUGGACCAUCUAGAGAGAACAGCAAGCAAUUUUCGCCAGGAGGUAAUUUCACAAGCCAAAGUGUGUGGAAUCACCAGUGAAUCGGAGACAGUCAAAAGACUCCGUUUGGCUAUUGCAAAUAAAGAUUUUACGUUCAAAGCAGGACAGUGGGUUGAUUUCUUUAUUCCUGGAGUAUCUGUAGUUGGGGGAUUCUCAAUGUGUUCAAGCCCUGGUCUGUUGGAACGAGAAGGAGUAUUAGAGCUGGCAGUUAAGUACGCUGCUCAUCCUCCUGCUCACUGGAUUCACACUGAGUGUACUCUUGACUCAGAAGUGGCUCUGCGAGUGGGAGCAGAUCUUCAUGGACACCAAGAGAGUAAAGGAAAUGCAUACAAAAUGGGAACGGUGAAGCUGUACUACAGUGCAAAAAAUACAAAGGAACUCUUAUUUAAGAAAAAUAUUCUUGGUUUGAUGAAUGCAUUUCCUGGAAAGAUCAUGUGUCGUUUCCACGUUACCAAACAGAGCUCACAGAUCUGCGAAGAGCUUCAGCCGUAUGUCACAGAGGGAAGAAUAUCUGAAAAGGAUCUAGAAAAACAUGUAUCUAAGGAUACUUUAUGGUACAUCUGUGGUCCACCUCCAAUGAUAGAAUCUAUAUCCAAACUACUGUACAACAUUGGUGUUCCUAGAAACUGUGUUUUCUUUGAGAAAUGGUGGUAGUGAACAGAAAAUAAUUUGUUUUCAGUGUAUUUUGAUAUAGUGAAAUGUACAGAAAAUGGACUUUGAAUUAUUUGGGAGAUUUUACUUCAUAAAUGAAGCUGUCUUCAAUCAUAAUGGUGUUCUUUUAAUUUAACAGUAAUAUAACUAAUACAGUGCUGCUGCUUUUGGAAAAAAAAAGUGAUUUUAUAUUAAAGACAUUAACUAUU